AUGGCUCUCGAAAUUCAAAAUGCGACCCCCGAGGAUGCGGCGGAACUCACUCAGGUAUUCUACACGGCUUUUGGUGGGGAAUUCAACCGCACCAUGUUCCCGCAGAAACCCGACGUAACCGCGUGGUGGGAACACAGCUUCAAUACACUCGCCCUUCGCACACAGGCAAACGAAGGAAAUGCGGUUCUUCUCAAAAUUACAGAUGAAAAAGGCGCAAUCGCCGCAUUCGCGAAAUGGAAGCGACCUGUGACCGCAGAUCGUGAUCAGGAACACGAAGAAUCGGUGGAAUGGGCGCCUAGUAGCGAUAAGGAUCUCUGCGAGCGAUUCUUCUCCAGCAUGGAUGGGCAACAUCACAAGUGGAUGGAAGACAGGCCUCAUUAUUAUUUGGAUAUGCUGGGUGUUCAUCCCUCUCAACAAGGUCGAGGGCUGGCAUCAAAACUUCUCAAAUGGGGUCUCUGUCGCGCUGAUGCAGAGGGUGUGGAGACAUACCUGUCCGCAUCACCAGAGGGAAAACCCAUGUAUGAAAAGUACGGAUUCCGCUCAGUCGAGUCAUUCUCGCCAUUCGCUGGCUAUAUACAAGAAGCGAUGAUACGUCCAACGAAUAAUCAAUGA